CUUUGGCGCGCAAUAGUACGGACUGUGUUUCGUGUUUUGUUUUGAUCCUGUCGUCAUCAGCACAGCAUCAAAACAUACGAAGGUGACGCAAUGGAUAGUCACGGAGAGAAUCAAGCUGCUGUGAUGCCAGACAAAAGUGGCCCUGCCCCAGGCAGCCAAGAGCCAUGUAGUCAAUACCCGGGCCCUCCACCUGCAUACACUUAUCCUCAGAAGUACCAACCUGCCCCAAUGAUGUACCCACAAGGGCAACCGCAAGGGCAACCACAACAGGGCAUACCACCACAGGGCCACAUGGUGGCGCCACAGGUACAGUUCAUCAUUCAAAACCCUCAGCCUCUGGCCAAUCCUCCAGCCGAUUACUUCAUCCACGCUGUCCUGGUCACUGUCUUUUGUUUCUGGCCGACUGGUAUCAUCGCAAUCAUCAAGGCACUGGACGCUCGCCGUGCAAUCCAGACUGGAGACGCUAACAAUGCUCAGUUGUCAUCGCAAGCUGCUCGUAAGAUGUAUCUUAUCAGCCUUUUCCUUGGCCUAGGGGUUUAUGUUCUCCUUGCCAUCGUUCUCGCCAUAGAAUUUGUCGUCAUUUUCUCUUUUUAGAAAGAAUCAACCAAGUCUUUAUACUCGCCAAGUAGCUGUGAUGGUUUAAGAAAUGAAUCAGAGACUUUUGGGACGCUUGGUGGCAGCGGACAAUUACCAGGUUAAAUCCAUUGCUCUCGGUGAUGGGCUCCUAAUCAGAACUGCAUAAACAAUAGACCUUAUCGCAAAUACCAAUGCGCAAGCGCAGACUGUUGAAUGAGGUGCAUUGUGGGAUAGAUAUGGA